AUCUUUGCACAUCUGCCUUUGUUUUCUCAAGCCUGGUGAUUGCCGGAAGGGUCUGUCACUCCACCCUGCUGAGCUCCGCCCCUGGGUUGAGGAAGAGCAAACUGGCUCUGUGAGCACAGCUUUUCCUCUUCUUGUCUCUUCCCUUUCCGAUGCUUCCUCUGCAGCUGUGCAGCCGGAGGAGCUGCUAUGGGGUGCUGCAUUGGAGCCCCUGUUCUCCGCUGGGCUUCCAGGCUCCUGGUGUGUCUCAGCCUCCUCCUCAGCAUCUGCAGCACCUUGGCCAACAGUCCUGAAGCUCAAGGCUCUGGAGUUGUGGAUCCUGGUGGUGUCCACUCUACUGUGAAUAGGAUGCAAGGGGGUUCUGUGUGGUUCCACGUGGUCCCGAAGUCAGGAGAGAUGCUGGAAGAGAUCACGUGGACCUUUAGGUUUAAGUCUGAGUAUUUAUUCCUCGUGCGAGUCAAGAGUGGGCCAGAUUCUCCCAUCUUGUCUGACCUCCAGGACAAGUUCAAAGGGAGGAUUCAAGUGCCCAACAUGACGUCCCUUAUGAUUGAGAAUUUGAUCUUCCAAGACAGUGGGCAGUACCAGGCUCAGGCCAGACACACAUCAGGAUCAUUAUAUAAUCAGGUUUUCCAGCUCUCUGUCUAUGAGCCAGUGCCUGCUCCUCAGCUCCUGACCAAGUCAACAUGCUUGAUGUCAGGCUGGUGCAACAUCACCCUGGAGUGCAGGGUGUCAGGAGACACCAAGGACCUGAAUGUGACCUGGGAGAGCACAGGCCUGAAUGGGGAGCUGAAGCAUGGAGGGACACUGGGACCAGUCCCCAACUCCUGGACCCUGGAUGUGAGUCUCUCCAUGAGUCAGCCCAAUGCCAACCUCAGCUGUGUGGUCAGCAACCCGGUGGACCAGAAAACUGCCACCAUAGAUAGUGGUGAUAUCUGUGUCCAAAAGCCAGUGCCUGCUCCUCACCUCAUGGCCAAGUCACAGUCUUUGAUGUCAGGCUGGUGCAACGUCACCCUGGAGUGCAAUGUCACAGACGCCACUGAGGACCUGAACGUGACCUGGGAGCACACUGGACUAAACAGGGAGCUGAAGCAGGGAGGGACACAGCGACCAGCCUCCACCUCCUGGACCCUGGAUGUGAAUCUCCCUAUGAGUCAGCUGAGAACCAGCCUCAGCUGUGUGGCCAGCAACCCGGUGGACCAGAAGACUGCCACCUUAGAUCUUGGCGUUAUCUGUGUCCAAGAAUCAAAGUCUCAUGGACAGAGCCUUUUUAUCUUUGUUCAAGUAAUUCGGGGAGCUCUUCUGGUUGUACUGCUGAUCCUGGUUGUUGUACUGUACUUUUGGAAGACUCACUGGGGGAAGAAGAAGGAGACUGGAACAGGCAAGGGUGGAGAGCAACAACAUCUGGAAGAAAUCUACCAUGAUCAUCUACAAUUGGAUUCCUAACCUAAUUCAGGACUGAAGAUCAUCUGAGUCAAGAAAGCAGAACUGGUACUUCGGGGGCACCUGCACUCCAAGGCUGAUGCAUGCAGACCCUUCAUUUGUAGCUGUUGUCCAGCUUCAGUUGUGCUGCUCUGACUAACCAUGACCUGGUGUCUACAACUCCACAAGCACAUGUUGCCUGUUCAUACUGCUCUUUCACUGAGGAUCCACACAACUGCCUUGUGAGGGCUCUUCCUCUGGCAUCGCCAUGAUUCCUGACAUCUUUUGCUCAGACACCUUCCCAUGGAGUGGCUGCCUGCACAUAUGUAUGGCUAAUCUCUACUGUCUCUGCUUGGUCAUUCUGAGUCAUUGUGAGUUCUUAAGCUCUGGGAGAGGAAUAUUGUGGAGGUGUUGAUUGUGCUGGAGGAGCUGGGAUCUGGCUUCUGGUUUGGAGGGUGAUGGAGGCCCUUUGAGUGCUUGAGGUUCUAACAGGACUGGUCUGAUAUUUUCUUUGCAAAUCUUGCAUAGGGCUCACUUGGGGGUGUUGGGAGUGUGUAUGUGUGUGUGUGUGUGUGUGUGUGUGUGUGUGUGUGUGUGUGCUUGGGGGGUGUCUAUUGUAUUUGUGUACCUGGGAUAGAGCGUUUGCAUCACCUAAUGUACUCAUGUGACUCUAAGCCUCUGUUCAUCAAUUGAAACCCACCUACCUGGCCUUUCUCUGAUGUCUUUCGCUCAGAGAAUGUCUCUGGAAAGCAAAGCAAGAAUUUGCUGUAGGAAAAGGAGCCCAGUGCCUUCUGAGCCAUGAUGCGAGUAUUUGGUUGUGAAAAUGGGUGUGUGGUGUCAUCCCUGGCCCCUUUGUAUUUGCUGUGA